AUGGCCCUUGACCAUCUGCUCUUGAUAUUCUCUUCGGUUCUUCUGGCACUCAAUGUUAGUGCCUAUUCCACAGGCACAGAAUACUAUGCUAAUGGCCCAAUACCCACAUUCGAGAAGCCCAAGCAGGAACAGGGAGAGCACAUCCAAACCCUUGGCAUACAGGGGCUUAUCUAUUGUAAGAUAGGCUCUGAGCUCACUCCUCUUAAAGGUGCUAUUGCAAGAAUAACAUGCUUGACAUCUGACGUUAAUGGAUAUGAGGCACUACCGUUCUCCUUCCUGAGUGAAGUAGCUGCCAAGAAUGGUUACUUCUUAGCAACACUACAUCUUGAGAAGGUGGAGCAGAAGGGAAAGCUAUCAGAGUGCAAGGCUUUCCUCCAUAGUUCUCCAUUGAAGGCCUGUAGCAUUCCCACAAAUAUGAAUAAGGGCAUGACCGGUGCGUCUCCCGUUUAG